AUGUUCAAGAAGGACUUGUCGGCGGGCGCAAAGUCCAAAGUGAAGUCGUCGGUUCAGCGGGCCAUCCGAGCCAAAGUCCUCGAGACGUAUCCGGACCUCGAGCCGUGCAUUGACGAUAUCAUGCCCAAGAAGAGUCAACUGGAUUUGGUGAAACUUCCCGACCGCGUCUCCCUCUACGUCCUCGAUGACCACCCUCUCUUCUACCAACACAUGGACGACCCUCUGAUCCCGCACCUAAAACUAGUCCACCAAUACCCCAAAUGCUUCAAACACCUCCGCAUUGACCGCGGCGCGAUCCGCUUCGUCCUGUCCGGCGCAACAUUAAUGGUCCCCGGCCUCAUCUCCGCUGGCGGCUGGCUACCUGACAAGGACCAAGAGGUCAAGGCCGGGGAGAUUGUCGCCAUCACGGCAGAAGGCAAGGAAGAAGUAUGCAUGAUUGGGAUCUUGGAGGUGGGGACCGAGGAAAUGAAGGCAAAGAAGAAGGGAGUCGCCAUGAGUGCCGGACACUAUUUGGGAGACGGGCUGUGGAAGCUGGACUUGAGCUGA